UGAACAUUGAACAAACAACUGACCUCAAGCUUUCCUAGCUUCGCUCUGUUACUUUAAAUCAAUCUCUGUCUCUCUCUCUCUCUCUCUUCGAAGACUCUGAGUUCUAAACCCUAACCCUAAAAUUCCAACGGAAUCGAAAAAAUCGUCGAUAAUUCACAGAGCUCCCACGUUUGAAUGCGCACAAAGCUAUGGAGAUGCAGUUCACUCACACUCUAUUCGAAAGGCGCCCCAUUGUCAAGUCCAAAACCCCCGCUGUUAAAUGGUUCAAAGAAUGGGUUCCCCAAGAUGUUGUAGCGACUGGUGGGAAAUGCUUUGUCAUGAAAUGGGUCACUGAGGAAAGCUUGAAGGCCUUGAAAGAGAAGGCAAAAGAGCCAGAGCCACCAGAGCCAGAACCAGAACCAACGACUGAAGUACUUUUCCUUUGCAGUUAUGAAGGCUGUGGCAAGACCUUUAUUGAUGCUGGUGCUUUGAGGAAGCAUUCUCACAUCCAUGGAGAGAGACAAUAUGUUUGUCACUAUGAGGGUUGUGGAAAGAAAUUUUUAGAUAGUUCAAAGUUGAAAAGGCACUUUCUAAUUCAUACGGGAGAAAGAGAUUUUAUAUGUCCCCAUGAAGGCUGUGGCAAGGCAUUUUCCCUGGAUUUCAACCUAAGGUCGCACAUGAAAACACAUUCACAGGAAAAUUAUCAUAUAUGCCCAUACCCAGAUUGUGGAAAGAGAUACGCUCAUGAGUACAAGCUAAAGAACCACAUUGCAUCUCACCAUGAAAAGAAUGUGCCUGUGGAUGUGGCAAAAUACACCCCACCCUCAGAAAAGCAGAACAAAACUCCUAAGCCUUCUUCUGGGGUUUAUGCAUCUGCAUCAUCUGACCGCCCUUAUGCGUGUCCUUACGAAGGGUGUGAAAAGGCCUACAUCCAUGAAUACAAGCUUAAACUCCAUUUGAGGAGAGAGCAUCCUGGGCACACAUCUGAUGAGAAUGCAGAGAAUGCUGCUGCUAAUGCUGAUAACGAGAUGGAUGAAGCCAGUGAUCAAGAUGCUUAUGUAGGAAAACGUGUAAAUGGAAAAAUUCAGAAACAAAGCAGGCCCAAACCAAACUUGAAGUUGCCUCCUGCAAAAAUUACACAGCGCAAAGGCUCGACUCCAUCUCCUGCACCUGUAAAUGUAAUGAAAAAACCAUGGCCUGCCAAAGAAGAAGCUUAUGAGGAAGAAGAUAGUGAAGAAACAGAGGAGGACCGUGACAAUGUUGAGGAUGGUUGGAGGUAUGCAGAAAAUAAUGAGGAUGAUGAUGAAGAAACAGAGUAUGAAGACUAGAUCUUCAUCAUUGCGCACCUGUUAUGUAGCAUACUUUUUCACCCUUUUUUCCCCUCUUUAUUUGUUUAUUUUUUUGAAUUGGCAAUGGGCAUUAAUACCCAUUUUCUGUUCGAAGCAUAUAAAGAAAUGAUAAAAUACGAGUAAAAUUAUAAUUUUAAAUUGA